UGUAACACAUGUCAGGCUGGAGAGAGAGCGGAGAGCUCGGAGCAGCAGCAGCAGCAGCACACGGAGCCGGGGGCCUGCAGCAGCGCGCGGGGGACACUCACCGGCACCUACCUCUCGGGACCCUGCGCUCAUCCCUUCCCUGGGGGCCGUCCAGGAUCGGCCAUCGGGAGCCACAAACACAAAAACUAAAAAAAAAACUUGCCCGCAGGAUCUGGAGCUGGCGUUGUGGGGGGGAAAGCUUGGCUGCACCUUGGAUCGCAGUAGCUGCGUUUUUUUUUGUUUUGUUUUUUUAAACCACCCUCUUCCUGGAGUCGUGCGUUCAGUACAUUUGCCGCGAUCCCUGCUGUGCGCGAGAGGGGGAAAAUAAAACACACACAGAGGAAAAGACCAUGGUGAACCCAGGUAGUAGUGCCCAGCCUCCCCCUGUGACUGCUAGCACCCUCUCCUGGAAAAGGUGUGCUGGUUGUGGGGGCAAGAUUGCAGAUCGGUUCCUGCUGUAUGCCAUGGACAGCUACUGGCAUAGCAGAUGCCUUAAGUGUUCAUGCUGUCAGGCUCAACUUGGAGAAAUUGGCACCUCAUGUUAUACAAAGAGUGGAAUGAUUCUCUGCAGAAAUGACUACAUCAGGUUAUUUGGAAAUAGCGGUGCUUGCAGCGCUUGUGGGCAGUCAAUUCCAGCCAGUGAACUGGUCAUGAGGGCACAAGGAAACGUCUAUCAUCUUAAGUGUUUUACGUGCUCAACCUGUCGGAAUCGCCUCGUCCCGGGGGACCGGUUUCACUACAUCAAUGGCAGUUUAUUCUGCGAACAUGAUAGACCUACAGCUCUUAUCAAUGGUCAUUUGAAUUCACUUCAGAGCAAUCCACUACUGCCAGACCAGAAGGUUUGUUAAAAGGUCAGAAUAAAACAGAAUGCGUGCCUUCAUCUCAAGUUCUGUUCAUCGCAGAUGGAUCCCAUAUGUCUCCAGUAGACAAGUCACCUUUGUAGCUAGCAUCAGUGCCAGCUUCAUGCCAUUGCACCUUUUUUCCCUCUUCUUGGUUUCCCUUCCCACAUUUAUUGGUGUAUGAAAAUGACUGAAGACACAUAUUAAGGAUUCCAUGAACCUGGGCUAAUGGGGAGACUCUUUGAAAAAUUCAAAUGAGCAGUUCACCGGAGGACUUCUUGACGAGGGUGAAAAUGACUGAUGAAAUCUAUUACGAGAUGCAUUCAGAAACUACUUACUACCCUCAUUACUGAUUUCGCAGGGCACUGGCCAGAGUUUGCACCCUUUCCCUUGACAACUCUACUCACUCUUUGUCUAUUUUACAUGCCGUGAGGAAGAACGUUCCAAUCAAAGUGAACAUCAGAAAAGGGGGAGUUGUAGCUUUUGUGGUACUUUAUCACAAACACUUUUAUUGUAUCUCUCUGUAAAAUACAAUGUACGUAUGCAUGUAUGUGUUAUUUUAUUUUAUUUUUUAUUUUUCAAUAUUUUUGUUUGUCCUAUUGUUGCUGCUUCCCAUGGCGAAAGGGAAGGGGCGGGGAAAGAAUCUGCUAUUGUGUAGAAAUUUUCACCUACUUGCUGAUUGAAGAA